AUGGAAACUUUCAACUCGGAAAAUCAAAUCAAAACUAAACAGAAUGGUAUAAAAAAUCAUAAUCAAGAAGAUCCAAAUACAAAGAAACUAAUUCGUACAAAUAAUGGAGUAAGAUCUUCUCAAGCAUGUGAUAGAUGUAGAAUAAAAAAAGUUAAAUGUGAUGGAUUAAAUCCUUGUCAUAAUUGUAAAAAAGCUCAAAUGGAAUGUAAAACAUCUGAUAAAUUAACAAGAAGAGCUUUUCCAAAAGGAUAUACUGAAAGUUUAGAAAAAAAAAUAAAAACUUUGGAGAAUGAAAUUUUACUACUACAGCAAGGUCAACAAUUAUCAAAUCAAAAUCAUAAUAAUCAUAACAAUGAAAAUAAUUCAUCAAAUUUAAUUUCAACUCCCUCAAAUAAUUCUAUUAAAGAUAGCAUCCAAAAUCCUACUCCAAUACCGACAACAACAACUUCUAAUGAUAAAGUUAUAUUUCAAUCAACAAAUCAAUCUGUUCAAAUAAAUAAUCCAAUUGAUCAAAUUUUUAAUCUUGAUAAUAAAGGUAUUAUAAUAGGAAAUGAUAAUUUAAAUUUUGAAUCACAAUUUAACCAUUUAUUAAUAAAUUUAAAUUUACCAUUUUUAAAAAUUACAAAUAGUCAUAAUUAUUUAUUAAAUGAUCCUGAUAGUUAUUUAUAUAAUCCUUCAUAUACUAAAAGUAAUCAAUUUCAUAAUAAAGAUUUAGAUUUGGUUUAUAAUCCAUUAACAAGAACUGGUUCUCCUGAUAAUUUAAAUGAAUUACCAUUAGAUGUUUAUGAUUUAUUUAUAAAAUUAAUAAAUAAUUUUAAAAAAAUCCUUAAAUCAAAAAAGGAAUUAGAUAAUCAAAUAACUCAAUAUUUUUUAAAUUAUAAUAUUUUUAUACCAAUUUUUGAUUAUGAUCAAUUUAUGACAAACUAUGAUGAAUUUCAUACAAUGUAUCCUUUUAUUUUCACUUAUGAUGAUUCAACUAUAAAUGGUUUCAAUUUAUCAAAUUCAAAUGAUUAUUUUAUUGUUAAUAAAUUUUUAAUGACAAUUAUACAAAUUUAUGCAAUGAUUAUUAUGAAUAAUCCAACUAUAAAUUUAAAUUUAUUAUUAAAUCAUUCAGAUCCACAAUAUUCUAUAAGUCGAGAUAUGUCAAUAAUAAAUUCUUUAUAUGAUUUUUUACCAUAUUUUAAUGGAUUUCAAAUUUCAAUUAAUCAAUUACAAACAUAUUUGUUAUUACUUUAUUAUUCAUUAUUAACAAAUAAUAAAGAAAAAUCAUUAAUUUUAUCAUCAUUAAUUAAUGCAUUUAUUGGUAUAUUAGGUAUAAAUUUAAAUUCAAAAAAUUUAUUUUUUAAUGAUUUAGCAUUAAAUGUACAACAAAGAAGAAAUAGAGUUAAAAUUUUUUGGAAUUUUAAAGUUUUAUUAAAAUGUUUUAAUUUAAAAUUUGGUUUUAAACCAAGUUUAAAUACAACAGUUAUAAAUCCUGUUACUAUAGAUAGAUAUUUUCAAUUAACUCCUGAAAAAUUAUCUUCAUUAUUAGGAGAAAAUGAUGAUUUAUUUAAUACUUUAUUAAAACCAAGUAUUGAAUUUUUAAAUUUAAUGAAUAUUGUUAUACCAUCUUCAUUUUCCCCCAAUUAUUAUCAAUAUUUAAAGAAUGAUAAAAAGAAAAAGGAAAAAGAUCAUCAACAUAGUCAUCAUAGAUUAGAUUGGAUAUUAAAUGAAGAUGAUGGUGAUGGUAAUGAUGGUAAUUUAAAUUAUAAUUUUAAUCAAUUUUUAACAAUUGAAAAAAAUUUAUCUGAUUGGAGACAAUCUUUAAAAUCAAAAAUAUUAUCGUUAACUCCAUUUUGUACUAAUAUGGGAUUACCAAAUAUUUUAAAUAUUAAUCAUAAUAAUUUAUAUCAUGAUAUGAAUAAUGAACAACAUAUACCACAAGAAGUUAUGAUUCCAUUUUAUCAAACUGGAUUACCUGAUAUUUAUAUGGCAUCACAAUUAAUUAAAAUUCAAUUAAAUUUUCAUUAUAUUUUGAUAAGAUCAAUGAAUUAUCUUAACUUUAUAGUUGAUAAAGAUUUAAAUUUUAUAUACUACAAGGAAAUUGCAAUAAUAGCUCAAGAAGUUUUACAAUAUUUUUUAUUAAUAUUUGAUCAUGUUGGAAAAUCUCAAGAAAAAAUAAAUUCUCCAACAAUAAAUUCAAAUUCUAUAGUAAUGGGAAGUUUAGGACUUGAUGUUGAUGAAGAUGGAUUUGUUAUAAAUGAUUUUUCAGUAAAAAGAAGAAAAUCAAAUAUAAAACAAAAUCCAAUAAAACGUAUAAAAAAGGAAAUCCCCAUAUCUCCUUUUAAUUCAAUGUUAAAUGGUUUAUCAUUAACUGUUAUAAAUUUAAAAAAAUCAAUAAUUUUACAAAUGUUAUAUUUAUUAAUUGUUCAAAUGAAAUUUAUCAAAAGAAAUGAUAUCCUAAGUAACAUUAAUGUAUCAGUUUCAAAUUUAAUAAAAUCAGUAGAUUUAUUUAUUUCAAUUUUUAUAAAUUAUAAACCAGGAUUAAAUAAUAAUUCAAAUUUAUCAGAUGAUGAAAUUUAUAAAAAAUUAAUAAAUGAUGAAUUAAAAUUUGAAAUUUUAAAAUAUCAACAACAACAACAAACUCCAAUUGAAAGUGAUGAUGAAGAAGAAAACUCCCAAAAUUAUUAUAAAAAUAUUGAUUGGGAUAAUGAAAAUUUAGAUGAAGAUUUAAAAUAUUUAAAAAUUUGUAAAUUUAUAAAAUAUAAAUCUCAAUCUAUUUUAAAACAAUAUCAAUCUAUUCAAAAUCAAAAUAAUGGAAAUGGAAAUGGAUUUGUUAAUUCUAGUAUUCAACAACAACAACAAUCGCAACAACCUUAUACACAGCAACAAUCACAACAACAUCAACAACAACCUUAUACACAAGAACAAUCACAACAACAACAAUCACAACAAUCACACCAAUUACAACACCCACCACAACAACAACCACAAAAUCAAUUUCCACUACAAUAUCAACAACAUCAACAUCAUUUUACAACUCCUUCAAAUAAUGAGUUUACAAUUCAUAAUAAUAAACCAGAUAAAGAUUUUGGAGCAGCUCAUGAUUUAAUGGAUUUAAAAAAUAAUUUUUCACAAAGAAAAUCAAUAUCUAAUCAAUCUCCCAAUUCUACAAAUAAUACAUUUAUAGGAUAA